AUGCAAAUUGGAGACAAAAUUCAGUUUACUUAUCAUUGUGUAGCCAUCGUUAAAUAUAUUGGUGAGGUGGAAGGUAAAGAAGGUAUUUGGAUUGGUUUAGAAUUAGAUAAACCAUUAGGUAAACAUAAUGGAACAUAUGAAUCAAAAAAAUAUUUUGAAUGCAGUGAUUACCAUGGUAUUUUAUAUCGGCAAGAAAAAUUAAAAAGAGAUAUACACUUAAAUAAAAAUAUUAUGCUUAAAAGCACAGAUGAAAAAAGUGGAAGCACUUUAACAAACACGAAUAGAAAUGAAUUACAAAAUGAACAAAGUCGGGCAAAUAAUAAAUUAGAUUAUGAAUACAAAACAAAAGUACAAAAAAUAAUAAAAGAAAGCAAAAAUAAAUUGACAAUCAAAAAAUUAAAAAAGGAUAUAGAAAAUUUGAGGUUGGACAACAAUAAAAUUACAGAAGUAUUGCAAACAGAAAAUGAAAAUCUAAAACAUAAAUUAGAUGAAAAGAACAAAUUGCUAGAAAAAUAUAAAAAUAAAUUUAGCGACUUUAUUUUAAGGAUAGAAAGUUUUGAGGUUGAAUUUACAAAAUUAGUUAAAGGUUUAAAAAAUACAAAAUAUUUAGAAGAUGCAGAGUACCAAGUUCUUUGUAAAUAUUUUAAAGGAGUUAUUUUAUCAGCGAUAGAAAAUAAAAAUGAAGAUCUUGAAAAAAAUCUUAAAGAAUUUAAAAAUAUAUGUCAAAAAAAUGAUGUAUAA